AUGAUGAUGCAGCAUGCAACAGCUUUGGCUACAAAUAUGCAAGCAGAAGAUUGCUUGAAUCUUGAAGCAAAGGUCAGGAAGGCAAAAGCUGAAGGUCAAACAGUUACUAUAACUGAUGGAUGUGUGUUUUUUGAUUAUCAACUGAUUGCUCGACUACCUCCUGGUGUUCAAUUUAAUACUUGA